GACGCAACCAGCGUUCAUUUCACAACCAGCCAUUUCAAAGUGCUGAUCUCUCUGUCUUUACAAGACGUUUUAGAACGUGAAUCUCUGCCAAAGUAUGGAAAACAUUCAAAGUAAUGAUAUCAGUGAAGAACGCAAACAAGUCUCAAAGAAAAAAUAUUCUUUCUUAAUUGAGAACAUAUUAACGCGUGAGAAUCAAGAAAAGAAAGAGUUUAGUCGAAACAUGUCUUCUCUUGAAUGYAACAGGGAUCUGCGUAAAAAGCCACGAACCUCGUUUACAACCGAACAAGUCACAGCAUUAGAAAAGCGCUUCAACUCUCAGAAGUACCUUGGGACACGUGAACGAUCAGAAUUGGCUGAAAAGUUAAAUUUGACAGACACUCAAAUCAAAACGUGGUUUCAGAACAGACGAAUGAAACAAAAACGAAACGUCAGGUCGUCCAAGAUGGCUGCCAGUCCUUAUAUGACCCCUCUUGAUUAUGGACUACCAUAUCCAUACUCGCCACCAUUCCCUCAGAGCUUCCCUAAUAUGUCUAAUAUGUUUACUACGCAUUUACAGCCUCGUUAUCAAUCCCUACUUGUUCCUAUGCAACUUGCGGAAUUUGACAAAAGCGCGGCGUUUUUCUCAAGGCCCAGGAUUCUUGCAGACGACGUGGCCUCCUCGACGUUACAGUCAUCCUCGGUAUCGGCAGAGACUAACGAGUCAUUUCGGAAUCAGCAGCCAUUCCUGCCUCCUCCAUUCUGGUCAUCCCUUCAUGUAUCUUGCUGAAAGACUUUAAAAUUAGCUCUACGCAAAUAAUAAGUUUGACAAAGACGACCAAAGUCAUGAAAAUGUAUAAAAGACAUCAAUCUUUUGUAGUUUUAAACAUUUUGUAUUACCAAACACUUUGAAUUUCAUCAAUUUCUAUUAGUUUAUACAACUAUUUCAUUUUGUUUUUAAAAGUUCACUAUAAAAUCAAUAGAAUUAUUAAUUAAAUUAUACUUUUUUGAAAGUUUGCCGUGUUAAAUGUAUGACGUCAUUUGUGGCGGGAAACUUGGUGCAUUUCGGGUGCGCGCGUUUAAUAACAAGUCAACAGCCGAC